UGGUAAUGGUAAUAAAUGUCACAAUUAUCAAGUGAACGCAGCACGUUCAAUUUUGAGCCACAGGUCAGAAGUUUUGCAAAAUCCAUGAAGUUUUCAUUGUCAGAAAUCUUUUUUGUACUUUGUUUACUCAGUUUCGCGAGACUUAAUGUUGCCAGUAGUGAGAAAAAGAAGAAAAUGCCAAAGCCAACAUUCAAGAUGGAGUAUUCAUGGCUAUCUGAAUUCGACGGGGGAUAUAUUGCAAAAUUCAGAGUACCAGUUCACAUAGAAAUUCCAAGUUGGACGAUGGCACUUCUAUUUCCAGAAAGAAUAUAUAACAUUACGUUAUGGCAGGGAACCUUCAUAGAACUCAGUCCAGAUGGUCGUGUUGUUUAUCUGAAACAGAAACAGUGGAAUGGACAUCUGUGGCCCGGAAUGAUUAAUGAACAGCGCCUUCUUCUUCGCUUCAACAUCACUCCAGGAAUUGAUUACAACGGAUAUUCAGGACCUAAACCUGAUAUAGUUUUUCUUGACAAAGUAUUCAUGCCAAAUCGAACCAUUGAUUACGAACAUGAAAUGAAAGUAGUCAAUUACACAUGGUAUACCAAGCCACGUUCGAAGUACUUCCGUGAGAUGGGCUACUCAACAAUUCCAGUUAGCACAAGGGAACCCACAACAACUACGGUACCUACCACUACAACAUUCAAUCCAUUCCAAAAUAGUGGCGACGAAGAGAAAUACAAUCAAUUUAGCGGCCGGGGAAAGUGGUGGUUCAUUUCCACUGAUAAAACUAUAACCACUUCUAAGCCACCCACUACACCAUUACUUUCAACUACUACUAAGACUUGGUGGAAAUUCGCUCAUAAAACAUCGACGACUCCUCCUAAACCGACAUUGGCGGCUAUCAACUGCGUUGAGUCCAUCGCAGAACGAAAAAGGAUUUGCAAAAAGAAAAGAAGACCGAUGAAGCGAUGUUUUGUACCUCAAUGUGAUGGAGAUAGAUUCAAAGCAGUACAAUGUCGGAAGGCAAAACUGGCGACAAGAACUGGUCACUAUUGCUGGUGUGUUGACACCAGAAGCGGAGUAAAACUGGGAACAACUUUAGUGAAGUUUGAGAACGCCCAUACAUUGAAUUGCUUCGAGGGAGAUCAAUCAAGAACUGAGCCGGUGGUGUUAACAACAACAAAAAGCCUGAUAACAUCGCCAACUCCUGCGUAUAUUCCUGAAGGAUUUUCUAAAGACGGAGAUGCAGAACGCCCGAUAUUUGCUCCACGCAAUUCUUAUGACUAUGCUAAGAUCAUUCACAAUUCGCAUCUAUUUUUUGAAGCUCAGCGAUCGGGAAAUUUACCUCGCAAUGGUCGUAUUUCAUGGAGAGCGAGUGCUCAUACAAAGGAUGGGUCUGAAUGCAACAAAGAUUUAUCAGGAGGAUAUUAUCACUCUGGCGACUACGUGAAAUUUGGCUUCCCUACGGCAUUUUCUAUGACGCAAUUGGCCUGGAGUUAUCUUGAAGCAAAAGACGCCUACGAAGCCAGUUGGCAGACAAAAUUUCUCAAAGAUACUUUAAAAUGGGCUGCUGACUACUUCAUCAAAGCACAUACUGGACAAUUUGAAUUUUAUGGCCAAGUAGGCGAUCCUAUAUACGAAAAUGAAGAAUGGACCCGACCUCAAAAUAUGGGUGGAGUACAACGUCCGUGUUAUUCGAUAACUGGCAGAAGUCCAGGAACAGAUCUGGCGGCGGAAACGGCCGCCGCUCUCGCUGCAACGGCUGCAGUAUGGAUUGAAAGCGGGAGUAAUGAAACCGAUCCAUAUGUUCAGUCACUAAUAAAACAUGCAAAAGAGUUAUUUCAGUUUGCUGACAAAUACAGAGGAGUUUAUCAUAUGUCGAUUCGUGCUGCUGCAAACUUUUAUCCAUCUUCUGGAUAUAACGACGAGCUUGUUUGGGCAGCAAUGUGGUUGUAUAUUGCUACAAACGAUGAAGUUUAUCUUGCAAAUGUAAAAACAAAAUAUUUCAUUUACAAUUUAUUCAAUCAACAAACGGAAUUUUCGUGGGAUCAAAAAGCAGUUGGUGUUCAACUUUUACUUGCAAAAUACACGAAAAAGCGAACAUAUGUGAAACCAUUGCUUGCGUUUUGUGAUUCUGUUAUGCCAGAUGGCACUGCUGAAUAUACGCCACAGGGUCUUUUGUUCAAGUCAAAGUGGGGCCCAAUAAGAUAUGCAUGCAAUGCUGGGUUCAUCUGUAUGGUGACGUCAAAAUUAAAAUUGGUGCCUGAUGAAAAAAAGACAAAGUACAGAAAAUUUGGUGAAGAUCAGAUAGAUUAUGUUCUUGGGAAAACCGGAAAGAGUUUUGUAGUUGGCUAUGGCAUAAACUACCCAAAGCAACCGCAUCACAGAUCUAGCUCAUGCAGUACCGCUGGAAAAUGCACGUACGAAGAUUUCAGAAAACCAACUGACAACCCACAAGUACUUACUGGUGCCGUUGUAGGAGGUCCAGAUGAUAGAGAUAUGUGGAUGAACGAUAGAACGAAUACAAUGAGCAACGCUGUGUCAUUGGAUUUUAACUCUGCAUUACAAUCUGCAGUGGCAGUCUUAAAGCAAUUUCAAAUUGAAUAUAAAGCCUGGUUUGACACACAGUGGAAGCAGAAAUCAGGCUGAAAUUAGGGGAGAUGCCCAAGAAACAUCGAAGACAUUUUUGCAAUUUAUGGUAUAUAUUUUGUGAAUUAUAUUUUAUUGAAAUUA